UUUCCGUUUCCGCCUCAUAUUUCCAAACGUUCUUUUUACGCCGCGCGACUGGAAAGUUGCAGAUUUAUUUGGUUUAAUAAGCUGAUUCAGAUUCAAGAAUACGGCAAUCUAGAGAUUUUUUCAGAGGAUAUAACAAGAACCCUUAUUUACCUUUAAGCGCUGAAGAGUUUUUUGGCUGGGUUGUGUGAGGGCUCUGGAGCAUGUCAUUGCCAAAGCGGGAGGUGGAGGAACUCCGGCCUUGGGUGGAGCGUACGGUGAAGAAGGUUCUGGGCUUCUCCGAGCCCACUGUGGUCACAGCGGCACUCCACUGCGUUGGCAAGGGCCUAGACAAACGGAAGACUACAGACCAGCUGAGACCCUUCCUAGAUGAGUCUGCUGGGGGCUUUGUCGAACGCCUCUUUGAAGCCUUAGAGGAAAGCAAAAACUCUCGUGGCAACAAGGGCGGUGGAGAACGGAACCGCAAGAGAGACCUCAAGGAUGUGUUUGGGGAUGAGAUGGAGGCCAUGAAGGAGGCCUCUGAGGCUGGCGAUCAGUCCUCCAAAAAGAAGCGAGUGCCCCGCUUCGAGGAGGUGGAGGAGCCAGAGGUGAUCCCAGGGCCGCCCGCAGAGAGCCCGGGCAUGCUCACCAAGAUGCAGAUUAAGCAGAUGAUGGAGGCGGCCACCAGGCAGAUUGAGGAGAGGAAGAAGCAGCUCAGCUUUGUGGCUCCAGGUCCUGUUUCCCAGCCCCGGCUGCCCCUUCCCAACCCCCCGGAGCAGUAUGAGCUGAGACUGCCCCUCCCGACCCCGUCUCAGACCUCCAUGGGCAUGGGCCAUUCCAUCCCCCCCUCCCAGGCAGCGAGCAUCAUGAACGACGCCAUCGAGAAGGCGCGCAAGGCCGCCGAGCUGCAGGCCCGCAUCCAGUCCCAGCUGGUGUCUAAACCUGGCAUCCUGGGCGCACUGGGAAACAUCGGCUCACAGAACAUGGUGGCUCUCGCCAACCUGCACGCCAUGGGCAUCGCCCCACCCAGUAAGGUGGAAGCCCGUGAAGUGACCAAGCCCACUCCUCUGAUCUUGGAUGACCAGGGACGUACCGUAGACGCCAGCGGCAAAGAGGUGGAGCUCACCCACCGUAUGCCCACACUCAAGGCCAACAUCCGGGCGGUGAAGCGGGAGCAGUUCCGACAGCAGCUGAAGGAGCGUCCCGGUGAAGACCUGGAGUCCACCUCGUACUUCGACGGACGAGUGACCAUCACGCCUGCCCAGAGGCCCAGGAAGGGCUUCAAGUUCCACGAGCAGGGCCGCUUUGAGAAGAUCGCCCAGCGCAUCCGCACCAAAGCCCAGUUGGAGAAGCUGCAAAUGGAAAUCGCUCAAGCCGCCAAGAAGACGGGUAUCCAGGCAUCCACCAAGUUGGCGCUGAUUGCGCCCAAGAGGGAGAUGCGCGAGGGCGAGGUGCCCAACAUCGAGUGGUGGGACUCGUAUAUCCUGCCCUCCAACAUUGACCUAGGUUGUAAGGUCUUUAAAGAGAUUGAGUUAUUUGGCGUAACUAAUCUGGUGGAGCACCCAGCACAGAUGAGCCCUCCUGUGGACGGUGACAAGCCCGUGACUCUGGGGGUGUACCUGACCAAGAGGGAGCAGAAGAAGCUGAGGAGGCAGACCAGGAGAGAAGGCCAGAAAGAGGUGCAGGAGAAGGUCCGACUGGGCCUCAUGCCCCCUCCAGAACCCAAAGUGCGGAUCUCCAACCUGAUGCGCGUGUUGGGGACGGAGGCGGUGCAGGACCCCACCAAGGUGGAGGCGCAUGUCAGAGCACAGAUGGCCAAGAGGCAGAAGGCCCACGAGGAUGCCAAUGCAGCGCGUAAGCUCACAACAGAACAGAGGAAAGAGAAGAAAGUUAAGAAGCUCAAGGAGGACCUAACUCAAGGCGUUCACAUAGCAGUGUACAGGAUCAGAAACCUGACCAGCCCUGCCAAGAAGUUUAAAGUGGAGGCCAACGCCAACCAGCUGUACCUCACUGGGACCGUGGUCCUGCACAGGGAUAUCAACAUAGUGGUGGUGGAAGGAGGUCCAAAGUCCCAGAAGAAGUUUAAGAGACUGAUGCUGCAUAGAAUCAAAUGGGAUGAGGGCAACAAGAGAGAAGUAGAGGGAUUGGAUGACGACGGAGUGAAGAGGAUUAAUAAAUGCGACUUGGUCUGGGAGGGAACCGCAAAAGAGCGUAGUUUUGGAGAAAUGAAGUUCAAGCAGUGCCCCACGGAGAACAUGGCCCGGGAACACUUUAAGAAGCACGGAACUGAACACUACUGGGACCAGGCCCUGAGCCAGAGUGUGCUGGAGGGCGCCGACGACUGAGGGAACAGAACUGCACGGAACUUGCUGGAACGUUUGGCCAUGGGAGCCGGGGGCUGCAGACUGGCACUGCGUCUCAGAAACUGACCCGCAGAUAAAGAGAGCAAGGGGUGUGUGUGUGUGUGUGUGUGUGGGUGUGUGUGUGUGUGUGUGUGUGGGUGUGUGUGGGUGUGUGUGGAUGUAUGAGACUGUAAGCUUACCAAUUCCUGUGCUAAUGUCUAUUGGACAGUAUAGGAUAUACUGCGUCAGUGAUGCUGUACGAAAUGUUCAUCAAAAUGGUCUGUGAGGGUGUCGAUAAUCAGUAAUCCUUUUACCCACGUGUGUGUGUGUGUGUGUGUGUGUGUGUGUGUGUGUGUGUGUGUGUGUGUGUGUGUGUGUGUGUGUGUGUGUGUGUGUGUGUGUGUGUGUGUGUGUGUGUGUGUGUGUGUGUGUGUGUGAUGGAUGGAGAAAGAAAGAAACUGGCUGUCUUGUGUGCAGUGCUAAAUGUACUUGCUUCUUGCCUCUCUGUUGAAAACUUUUCCCCUCCUCUUGAACUGGCACACCAACUCCACUCUUCUGCUCUUCUGUCAUGUUGAAUUUUCACAUGUGUACCACACAUACUCAAUCACAAAGCCUGUAUUGUACCAAGAUUGCAGUGGCAAAGACAAGUCCAUCAGUGAGUGUGGUUUGUGAGAAACAUGGUGUGUUACUGCGCUGUACUUGAUGGGAGGUCGUUUUCCGAAACAUUUUAUGUCAAACUGAAGAGCUAAAAUUGGCAAAAAUUGUCCUGUAGUGUUUAAAACCUAUCAGGGACUUAAUAUGUUAUCUUUUUUGUUAGUAGUAUUGCCCCCAUUGUCUUGUAGGUUUUUUUUUUUUUCUUUUCAUUUUAAUUUGUUUUAAGAAAUGUCAACCCUGACCACUGAUGGUCCUUGUACACAUGUAAAUACACCUUAGUCAACAGCUGUGCAGAGGGUCAUUAAAAAGAAAAAAAGAAA